CUAUGCUGUUUCAGAAUUUGCUAUUGUUCGAGGCCCUAAAGGAUUAUGCUCCGAAUGUUGGGAGCUAGUUUUCAUUAUAGAAAAUAACUUGGAUCAUGACUCUAAGGGGAAUAAAAUUAGCUUGAAUGACAGAGAGACAUACGAAGCUCUGUUCAAGGAAUAUUGGGAGAUCAUGAAGGCAAAGGAAGGUUUGACUAGGGAUGUCGUCUGUGCUACUCUAACCAAGUAUAAAAUGGAUCAGGAUUCUGUUCUUCAUAGAAGUUUUAGUGAUACUGAAGAAGAAGACGACGAGGACGACGAUGACAGGCAGGGGGAUGAGGAGAGCUGGAUAUCAUGUGAUGCAGACAAUCAUAAGGUUGGGCCCAAAAGGAAAAGAUCCAAAUCAAAGGAGUUCAUAGGACGGGAGUCAAAAUCUGCUCAGACCAAGUAUAAAAAGGAUAAGAGUUCUCUUCAUCAAAGAAGAUUUGGUGAAAGUGAAGAUGAUUUGACAUUAUAUAGUAGUGAUAUCGAUGAUACCUGGAAUCCUAAGGCAGGGACCAAUAGAAAGGGGUCUGAAUCAGUGGAAUUCAUAGGAUGGGGAUCAAAAUCUGUCAUUGAUUUUCUUACAUCUAUUGGGGAAGAUGUAACUAAACCAUUCACACGAUGGGGUGUUAGUUUUCUCAUCCAUGAAUAUAUUGACAAAAAACAACUUCGUCACCCUAAAUUCAACAAGAAGUUCAUUCCUGAUGAAAAGUUGACUCCCAUAUUUGGAAAGAAAGCUGUAUCAGAAAACAAAGUAUAUUCUUUGUUGAAGGCCCACAUUGCUGAAGGCUUACAGCCAAUAACAGGGGAGAAAGAUGAUGUUGAAAACAAAGACAAUUUUGCCUACAAGGUUCCUAAUGAUCAGCCAAGCUUAUUGAGCAGAUCUUUGUUGAAGAAAGGGGAUUAUAUAACCCGAUUAAGUUGUUUUGCAUCCGUUAAUGCUGAAAAUAUUAAACUAAUAUACUUGAAACAAAGCCUGGUGCGAGAGCUAUCAAAACAGCCUGGAAAUUUUGAAGAUAAGGUUAUUGGAACCUUUGUCAGAAUUCACGUGGAUCGUACUGAUCGUAGGCAAGGAAAUCAUUAUCAUCUUGUUAGAGUCUUGGGUGUGAAUAAUGAAUUUUUCUUGCAAGUUUCCUUUAUGCCAAAAGCUAUUGCUAUUUCUGAUCUUUCUGAUGAUGACUUUACUGAGCAAGAAUGUGAGACUUUGCAGCGAAAGGUGAAAGAUAACUUGCUCCCAAAGAUAACCGUUAAGGAGCUUCAAGCAAAGGCCAGAUGCCUGCAUGAAGAUAUAACAGAGCAUCGGAUUGCAAAGCGCCUGGUGUAUCUGGAAAAGCGAAUAGAAUAUGCAAAUGACAAGGGAAGACAGAGGGAGAAAGAGGUGUUGAUAGAUGAGAAGUUAGAACUUGAACGCCCUGAGAAAAGAGAUGAACUGUUACGAGAGUUGCCAACAGUUUCCGCAGAACUCAUCCAGGAAAAAUAUGAUCCCGACGAACAGGCUCUAUGAUUUCUGGCGAUUAAUCAAAUGGGUACUAUUAUUUUUUUGUUCGUGUUGAAAGCAAUUACAGGUCACAUUGCUUCAGGUUAGGCAUCAUCCCGCGUCUUGUCUUGUUACUCCUGGCUACUCGUGAAGUGACUAU